AUGGCGACAUUGCGUCAACCGAUGCUGACGAACUCAAUAUUGGAAGCGCUCGAACACCUCGUGUUCGACGCCAACGAAGUUGUCACCUACAAGUGGGUUUCGCGGAAGUGGCAAAUUCACGCCAACCUCGCCAAGCGCCUGUUGCACGACUUCGUGGCGGAACAGAGGCGCGCCGGAAAAUCGCUGUGCAGCUGGCACGCCAUACUGUGCGCGGGUUCGGUGACUCUCGUACCCGAGGCCAAGCUAGCACGCUGUUUGCGGCGCCGGCCAGGGAGCCACGCGCACAUCUACGCUGUGCUCACAAGCCGCACGGAGGACUCGAACGUAAUCUGCCUAGCAGACGCAGUGUCUCUGUGUAACAACCAGCAGGACGUCUGCUAUUCCGCGGUAAAGCCGACGAAAGCUUUGUUGAAACGCUGCGACUCAUCCUUUUUUGCGCUCGAUUCGUGA